ACCGCUUUCGAAGAUACUCGGUUGUUCCCAGCCCUCCGCAGAGCGUAACUUAUUUAGUGGAGAUUCCGGUGCAACACCCCUCGCUGCGUUGCGCUCGCUAUUCAUCGAUCUACAUCACACCACACUCUCAACACCCACCAUCAUCAUGGGCCGCUGGUCGCAUCUCGACACCGACGAGGAGCGCCUGCCCGAGGGGAUGACCCGGGUAGCCUACGACGCCGACACACAGAUUUACACCUACCGCGACAGCGAUGGCAGCUACUGGGAGGGCGCGCCAGGGGUUCGCUACGGCAAGCUGCACCGAGUGCAGUCAGAAGCCCCGCCACUGCCAAGCGUCACCCUCGACAGCGAGGGGGAGUACGACGACGACGACUACUACCACGAUUCCGACUCCGACGACCUGCUCGACGAGAAGACCAACAACUUCUCCGAGAAGGACAAUGCCCCGGCUCUCACCCGCCCGGACAAAGCCAAGAUCCACCGCAAAGCCCACCCGGCGGGAUUGCCAGUGAACAAGACCCUCCCCCGCCCGGACGACGAUGCAGACGUGCUUAGCCUCAGCGGCAGCACCAUCCGUGGAAGCAUCUGCACCACCGCCACCUCAUUCUCCGACAUCACCAACCCCGAAGGUUCCCAGAGCGGCAGCGGCCUGAAACGCUCCGGCACGCUAUCCCGCCUCGCCCGCUUCUUAUCCUCAUCAUCGUCAACGUCGUCCUCCAGGCGGGAUUCGGCCGGCCUUCGCCGCGCCGCAACCGUAGGCGGGAGAUCCUCGGGUGCGGCAGAUCACCACCGACAAGUGAGACGGGGCGAGGAUGCAAGGCUGUCAAGGGCCGCGUCAACCGCUAGUGGUGAGACUGUGGUAGAGCAGAACCGGUGGCCGCGGCCGAGACCGGGGACUACCAACGCGCCGCGGAAGAGGGCGACCACUUUCGAUGAGAUCCUUGGGGGGAUGUGAUUGAUUCAGAGGCGUAAGGGGGAGUUCCAGAUGGGGAUGUGAUGAGGAUACGAGUUCAACAUUUUUCUUUUUAGCUUGAAAUUGGGUUGGCAUUUAAGGUCUCUUAGCAUCUUGGGAUUGGGCAUUUGGGUUCUUCUGCUCCUCAUUGUUUUACUAUCUUCAUCUCCUGUCUCUUUGCUAAGAGUACCAAGAUAGGAACAAACAGCGCGCCAUUCAAGGCAGGAUAGCGUCAGAAGGAUCACUGUUCUAUUGACCAUAAACUUCCAGGGUCACUCUUCCCCUGGCGUAAGCUUCCUAUCUCUUUCGCAAAUGAGGAUAAUAAAGGAGUAAAAAAUGAAACUAUAGAAGCCAUAAGAAUAAGC